GCGAUGUCGCGUGUUUAAGGGGUGCCCUUGGCCGCCUGUAAGCCGCGACACCGCAGCGGCGGAGGCUCCGAAAAUCCCCCGGUGUGAACGGGGAGGCGGCGGGGCCCGCGGGCCGCGCUCCCGUGCUGGGCGCGGCCCGGUCGGCGGUGCUGCGCCUGGGCCCGCCGCCCGGCGGGAGUGCCCGUGUCAGGGUGCCGGCAAUGCCUGGCUGCCGGGCGGCGGCGGCUCCGCGGCGGCGGCGGCUCCCGGGCUGAGCAGCGGCUCCGGGCCCCCUCCUCCGCCUCCCCGCGAGGUCCCGGCCCGCCCCGGCCUGCCCGGGCGGGGAUGAGGCGCUGCGGAGGUGGCACAAAGGCUCCUCCGGGGCUGCCCGUUGCCUAACGCGGCCCAGCGCCCCCCGGGCCGGCCCCGCCGCCGCCUCCCUGCUUGUGCCCUCGGCCCCCGCAGCCGCGCGGGAGGAUGUCGGAGGAUCAGGACAUGGACAAGAUGAUCAAGGAAACCUCCAUUUUAGAGGAGUACAACAUUAACUGGACUCAGAAGCUGGGAGCUGGGAUCAGUGGUCCCGUUAGAGUCUGCAUGAAAAAAGCCUCUCAAGAACGCUUUGCACUGAAAAUCCUUCUUGAUCGUCCAAAAGCUAGAAAUGAGGUACGUCUGCACAUGAUGUGUGCAACACAUCCCAAUAUUGUUCAGAUUAUUGAAGUUUAUGCUAACAGUGUGCAGUUCCCACAUGAAUCCAGCCCAAGGGCUCGGCUCCUAAUUGUAAUGGAGAUGAUGGAAGGGGGAGAGCUAUUUCACAGAAUCAGCCAGCACCGGCACUUUACUGAGAAGCAAGCAAGCCAAGUAACAAAGCAGGCAACUUUGGCUUUGCAGCAUUGCCACUCACUAAACAUUGCACAUAGAGACCUCAAGCCUGAGAAUCUCCUCUUCAAGGAUAACUCUCUGGAUGCUCCUGUUAAAUUGUGUGACUUUGGAUUUGCCAAAGUAGACCAAGGUGACUUGAUGACACCACAGUUCACUCCAUAUUAUGUAGCACCUCAGGUAUUGGAGGCACAAAGACGGCAUCAGAAAGAAAAAUCUGGUAUUAUCCCCACCUCUCCAACACCUUACACUUACAACAAGAGCUGUGACUUGUGGUCCCUGGGUGUCAUUAUUUACGUGAUGCUGUGUGGAUACCCUCCGUUUUACUCCAAACACCACAGUCGGACAAUUCCAAAGGACAUGCGGAAAAAGAUCAUGACAGGAAGUUUUGAAUUCCCAGAGGAAGAGUGGAGCCAGAUCUCAGAAAUGGCGAAAGACAUUGUGCGAAAGCUGCUGAAGGUCAAACCUGAGGAGCGUCUGACCAUCGAAGGUGUGCUGGACCAUCCCUGGCUCAACUCCACCGAGGCACUUGAUAACAUCCUCCCCUCUGCCCAGAUGAUGAUGGACAAGGCAAUGGUAGCAGGGAUACAACAGGCUCAUGCAGAGCAGCUUGCAAACAUGAGGAUCCAGGACCUGAAAGUCAGUCUCAAACCCCUUCACUCCGUCAACAACCCGAUCCUGCGCAAAAGGAAACUAUUGGGCACUAAGCCGAAGGAUGGUGUUUAUAUCCAUGACCCUGAGAAUGGAAGCAACGAUUCCAAUGUGGCUCUGGAAAAGCUGAGGGAUGUGAUUGCUCAGUGCAUUCUACCACAGGCUGGUAAAGGAGAGAAUGAAGAUGAGAAGCUGAAUGAAGUGAUGCAGGAGGCAUGGAAGUAUAAUCGAGAGUGUAAGUUACUGCGAGACACUCUUCAGAGCUUCAGCUGGAACGGCAGAGGAUUCACAGACAAAGUGGAUCGACUAAAACUGGCAGAAAUAGUAAAACAAGUGAUCGAAGAGCAGACAAACUCCCAUGACUCUCAAUAGCUGGAGCUUCUUAAUCUUAUUUUUUUUACCAUUUAAGAUUUAUUCUUUAACUGUAAAAAGUAUUUUUAUGUAAAUUAAUAAAUCAUAAUUAUUUCAUUAAA